AUGAGCGGACGCCCCGUUGAGAAACCGAAUUGCUUACGUGCCCAGGAAGCAUACUAUGAUUCGGGCAGCCCCAUCCACCCGCGCGAGGUGAACCCGUUCGAGACUGCAUUCAACACAUUCAGCGAUCUGGGCCAAGGUGCAAAGGAAAAUGUGCUGCACUCGCCACACUCAGACUCUCGUUCCGAUACUGGAGGAGACACUCCCUUUUAUACCGCCGGAGAGGGUCCCUUCGGAGACUACUUCCAGCAAAUUCAAAAUGGGCCCGAUCGUUCGCUGUUCCUCACCAUCACAGAGGGUGCUCAUUUAGAACUUGAACUCAAAGACAAGGAGCGCUUGCCUUAUGUCCUCGUCAGAAACCUAGGCCACGGAGCGAACGCGAGCGUAGAGAUGAUCCGAGACAGGCUGUCGGGCUCUGUAUACGCUCGCAAGAUCUUCAGGAACGUCUACGCACGGAAUCUCGAUGAAGCGAAACGGGAAUUUCAUAAUGAGAUCCGCAACAUGCGACGAUUGGCCUCCCAUCAUCAUAUCGUCCGAAUUUACGCGACGUACAUGGCUCACCGAGAGCUAGCACUUAUCCUGACUCCGGUGGCAGACGGCGGGGACUUGGCCGCCGUUCUCGAUCAGUACCGAGAUGCCAGUGAUGCAGACAGAAGGAGAACAUCAAGAAUCCUCUGGGGAGCCUUUGGAUGCCUUGCAUCAGCGCUGGCCUUCAUGCAUAAGCAAACUAUUCGACACAAAGAUAUCAAGCCUCAGAACAUUCUCAUUCACGAAGGCUCCGUGCUUUACACCGACUUCGGCAUAUCUUUCGACUUCAGUCAGCAGGGCCACAGCACUACCACCGGUUAUCCGCGUUCAUUUACAAGACGUUACUGCGCCCCUGAGGUUGCGGAUUGGAACAGUCGAAACUCAAAAUCUGACGUCUUUUCCCUUGGCUGCGUAUAUAUCGAAAUACUCGCCACCCUUAUACCUUCAAGAGUACCGGAGUCGCUGCUUGACGAACCGUUCUAUCUGAAAAUCAACGAAUCCCUCGGACACGGAACCUGUUACGACCAGUGUUUAAGCGCCGACCGGGUUGGAUCUGUUAUCGCAACAAUGAUCAUGAAGGAUCCCGAACAACGACCAUCGGCUGAGGACGUCGUGAGCGGCUGGAAGGGGCUUUCCCCGGAAGCGUCUAAGUAUUUCUGCCAAGAUUGUCUUAAGGGAGACAAGUAG